UAAUUGAAUCGGAAAACCAUGUGAGCAGAAUUUUCCGAAACGGGCAAUAGAGUGAGUGCUCCUUAUAAUACUUUGUGAUAUAUACAUAUUUAUUUUCCUGACAAUCAUGCGCGUAAUUCUAUACGCAAUGGUGUAAACUAACAAAAAAUCUAGUGUCGGGCAGUUAAAAAUUUGUGUGUGUGUAAUUUUUUUAUAUGUUUUUUUUAUAUUAAAUAUGAAUCGAAAGAGAAAAAAAACAUUUUUAAAUAUGGAGACAAAAGCUGAAAUAAUAAAGAAAAUAAAAUUGGGCAUUGAUAAAGAAGAAAUUUUACAUGAAUAUGAAAUUGGUGAAAGUUCGUAUUAUAAAUUUUUACGAACCGAAUCAAAAAUAAUGGAAAAAUUAAAAAAUCCCGAAAAUAAACAUCGUAGAUUAUUUAAAAAAUUAAAAAAUGAAUAUUUAGAUGCCGCUGUUAUUAAAUGGUUUCAACAAUCAAGAGAUAGAAAUGAAUCAAUAACAGGUCCAUUAAUACGUGACAAAGCAAAAAUUCUAAAUCAAAAACUAAAUGGUCCAUUGGAUUUUAAAGCAAGCAGUGGUUGGUUAACAAAAUUUAAAAAAAGAUACAAUAUUCGAUUAUCCGAAAUGAAAGACGAUGAACAAUUAUUAAAUUUAAAUGAUUCGAAAAAUGUCGACAAUUUUGCAAAUUAUUUACAGGAAAAAAUAUUAACAGAAAAUUUAUUAUUGGAAAAUAUUUAUAAUGCCGAUGAGGCGGGAAUUUAUUGGCGAACACUCGUUACUUCUAUUAUAACUAAUUUGUCAAAGAAAAAAUAUGAAAAUAUAAAUUUUAAUGAUGAUGAUAAUAAUGAUGAUGAAAAAAAAGAAGAAGAUUGUAUAGCGGCAUUAUUUUGCUCAAAUGCCGCUGGUAAUAUGCGUACUCCAUUGUUAAUAAUUGGAAAAACAGAAAUACCCGAUUGUUUAAAAAAUUUAAUAGUCAAUGAAAAAAAUGAGAGUUUAAAAAAAUUACAAGAUCUUGAUUUAAUUUACACAAAUCAGGAGAAUGCUUCGAUGACUCAAAAAAUAUUCAGAUGCUGGUUCGAGGAAAUAUUUAUUCCACAAGCUUUAAAUUUUCAACAAGAAUUGGAAAUAAAAGGAAAAAUUCUUUUAAUUCUCGAUAAUGCACCAUGUCAUCCUGCAUUAAAUGAAUUAAAUUCGAUAAACAAAAAUAUUGAAGUCAUCAAUUUACCAUGUAAUUUAUCGUCAUUAAUUCAACCAAUUAAUCAAGAACCAAUAUUGCUAACUAAAAAAUAUUAUAAAACAAAUUUAUUACGAAAUCUUUUAUAUGCCGAUAAAAUAGAGGGAAUUGAGGAAUAUUUAAAAAAUUUCAACUAUCUUGAUUCUUUUCUUUUACUUAAAAAUUCAUGGACAUCUGUUAAUAAUUCAACACUAAAAAAAGUAUGGAAAUCAUUAUUGGGUGAAUUAUUAUAUUCAAAUGAUAAUAAUCAAGAAAUAAUGAUAAAUAAUCAUGUUAAUAAUAAUAAAAAAAAUAAUCAAAAUCAAAAUUCUCAACAAUUAAUUAAUGAUUUGGAAUUUGUUGAUGUUACAUCAGAUCAUUUAAAUUUUGAUAAUGAUAUUGUAAAAUUUCCCCAACAAUUGUGCAUUGAUUUAUGUCGUAUUUCAUCGGGUAAUUACUUAUUGAAAAAUUUUGAAAAAAUUUUUCGCAAUUGGUAUGAAAAUGAUGAUAAUAAUUGUGGUUGGCAGGCAUUGUCAGAUGAUGAUAUUGUAAAUUGUGUACAAAAAGGAGAUGAAAAAAAAAUUAAUGAGGUUCAAAUUGCAGAUAGUGAAAAUAGUUGUGGAGAAGAAUUGAAUUUGAAUAAUAAGAGAAAAAUUAGUGACAACAAUCAAAUUAAUAGGAUUAGUGAACAAUCUUUUGAUUUUCAAGAAAUAAAAUCUUCGGAUGCUUAUAAAAGUUUAAAGAUUAUUAAAAUGUGGAUUUAUCAAUCGAAAGUAAAAUUUUCUUUUGAUAAAUUUACUUUGGAUGAUGUUGAAAAUAUGUUAAAUGAAGAAUUAGAAUGAAUUAAAAUUAUUGUACCAGGGCUAUUGUUACUUAGAAAUUUAAAGCAGAAUUUUUAUUAUUUUAUCAAAAAAUUCUUACUGAAAAAAUACUCUUGUAAAUUGUAAAUUUAUGAUUGAAAAUUAUGUUUCAUUUGUUUGUAAAUUAAGAUUAUGUUAUCCUACUGUUUCAUAUUGGUAGUAAUAUAAUUUUUUUUUAAGUGCAUAUACCAUCCGUAUCGGUUAAAAUCCAACGAUAUCGAAGUAACAAUUAAUAAUUGUUGAAUUAAUUCAAAAUUAUGGCUGUUGAGAAAAUUUUCACACUGCUGCUUUGAAAAAUAUUUCUCUUAGGAAUAAAUUUACCGAUAUUAAGAAAAAUAUUUGAAGCAACUGUAUUUCUUAAUUACUUAAAAUCGGUAUUUUAAUAUUGCUUUGGAAUCAAUAAUUCGUAUUAACAUUGUAAAUACUACAAAAAUAAAUAUAUUUUUCCUAAUAACAAA